GGCGCGGGGCCGGUCCCGGGCGCGCUCCCUCCCCAGCGGCCGCGGUUGCACCGGCGCGGGCAGCGGGGCCGCGGCCCAGGGGCUCGUCCGUCGGCGCCAGCGGGAGGGGGAACGGGCCGCCCCCCGGGCUGCCCCCGGCAUGGGGCGCUGCUGGGGCCGCCCCGUCGGCCGGGCCCGGCGCGCCCCCGGACUCUGCCUGCGGCGCCGCCCGCGGGGCCUGUAGGGGCGGCCGCGCCGCGCCGGGCCGGGGGGAGCGGCGGCAUGAGGAGCCGCUGCGGGCACCGGCAGUGAAUGGGCGUCGCGGCGGAGCGGGAGGAGCCGGAGCCGCUGCCGCGAUGGCUCAGGAGAAAAUGGAGCUGGACCUGGAGCUGCCGCCGGGGAGCGCCGCGGCCCCGAGCGACGGGGGCGGCCUGAGGCGCUCGAACAGCGCCCCGCUCAUCCACGGGCUCAGUGACAACUCGCAGGUUUUUCAGCCUUAUGUGCUGCGAACUCGCAGGAACAGCACGACGGUGAUGAGCCGGCACAGCAUGUUGUUGUCAUCGUCUCCUAUUCGUAUUCCUAGCAGCCGACUUCAUCAGAUCAGAAGGGAGGAAGGAGUGGAUUUAAUGAACAGAGAAACAGCGCAUGAAAGGGAAGUGCAAACAGCAAUGCAGAUAAGCCAGUCAUGGGAGGAAAGCUUGAGCCUGAGUGACAAUGACUUGGACAAGUCUGAGAAAUCUUCCUCCCCAAAGAGAAUAGACUUCAUUCCAGUUUCGCCUGCACCUUCCCCUACAAGAGGGAUAGGAAAGCAAUGUUUCUCACCAUCAUUGCAAAUGUUUGUGAGCAGCAAUGGAUUACCUCCAAGUCCUAUUCCCAGUCCAACCAGGAGAUUCUCCAACAGGAGGAGUCAAAGUCCAAUCAACUGUAUCAGGCCCAGUGUUCUUGGCCCCAUUAAAAGAAAAGGUGAAAUGGAAACUGAAAGUCAGCCAAAGAGACUUUUUCAAGGAACAACCAACAUGCUUUCUCCAGAUGUUACACAUCUGACAGAUCUCAGUUCAUGCCUGUCUUCAGAUAUCCUGGAUGGGAGCAGCAGCAGUGUUGGCUCUUCCUCUGAUUCCCUGACUAAAGGCAGCAUAACCACAGAGUCUCCAGUGACCUGCUCCAACUCCUGCUCCUCAUUCAUUUUGAUGGAUGAUCUCUCACCCAAGUGACUUAAGUUCUGAGUCAGUGUCUGGCUGUGCUGUUCCCUCCCUCUACACUUGUACAGGGAAACAAACUCUGAUCCUUGAACCAUUAACGUGAGGAUUAUUGAAAGGAAAACUGUCAUCCUUGGUGACUUUCCAUGAUUUUGAUUUAUUCAUUUAAUGGACACUGUAAACCAUAUUAAUGUCUGGUUUUGCAAAUUUGUUUUUUAAACAAGAUGUCUGCUCAGAUUAUACUAACUUCUUGCUUUCAGGAACUUGCAUACACUUUUUGAUUCCAAAAAUAGGGAACUACCUAUUAGUGUUGCAGUUUUUAGGAAAAUACUUCUGUCAUUAUCGUGGUCACUCUGUCUAGUGGGAAAUAAUUUGGUUUGGAAGGAUUUGAAAAUAGUAAUUUAUUUCCUGGCACUUCUGCCAUUGUGUAAAACUAUCCUUGCUUCUUUUUUUUUUUUUUCAGUCACUAGACUCAAAUUCUCUUAUAGAAGUGAGAAAAAACCCUCUUUUCUUAGUGCUGCUAGUCCUUUCUAUUACUGAAGACCACGAUGGGUCUGGAAAUCUCACUAUUACAUUAAAAAAACCAAACCCAAAACCCCACAACAGAAUAACUAAUGACUGGCACAUUUAUCAUCAGUAAAGAAAGAACAACCUGAAGAUGAUUAAAGCUGCAUAGCUCUGUCCCCAGAUCGUUUAUCCUACGGAUUGUAGGAGAUAAGGUCAAUGCUCAGCAAGGUUUGGCCAAGGGAAACGGAUCCACGCCUCGGUCUCAGACGUGCAGUGCAGAUCACUGAGUCAUUUAAACUACUGUGUAGGACAACCACGUGUGGCACCAUCAUGUCUCCUGUGGCAUUGAGGUCAUAGGUAUUUUUGUGCCUUAGGGGACAUUGUUAGAAAAGGAUGGGAUGUAAACCAGAGGGGUGGGUGGGCAAAGUCCUUUUUAUACAGCUUGUUGAUGGGAGUGCUUGCCAAGAGUCUGUCCUGGGUGCUGCUUCCCUUCCUGUUCCUUCCCUCGCACGGUGCUGUUGGGCAGGCCCAGCUCUGCUGGGAGAUGGCAGCCAAAACCUUUGGAGCUGCUCUCUGCAGCAUUCCUGGCUUUGUUAUGGCUGUGAGCAGGGCAAGCAGCUCAGUGAACAGUCAGUUUCUAAGGAAAGACUUCAAAGUUUGGAUUGAAUGUGAGCUCUGCAGAUGGGCUGAGGAGUCAGGUGGGAGCUCUGAGUAGGCCUGAUAAAAGUACCUUGGUCAGUCUGAGGUAAGACAAUAGGUAUUUUACUUUUUAAAGACUUUAAUGGGGCAAAAUAAAUCUGUUUGUAAUCUACUGUGUUAUGCUAUUUAUUAUUUAUAACUAUGUAAAAAGUCUGUGGUGAUGAAUUAUAGUAUUUUUUUAUGAUUGAGUAAGUUUUUUAUGUUCAGUAAUUGCUGGCUGGUUUGUAUUUAAUACGCAACGUUGUCUGCCAGAAUCAUAAGCUUCCAUUUUUGAAUGUUUGUAACAUAAAUGCUUCUUGUUUCUCUAAAAGUACAACUUCUUUUUGAAAGAAAAUAGCACUGAAUUGAAAGUAAGAUGAUGUGCUUUAAAAGUGAGCACAAUCUCUGGCAAUACUGUCUGGCUAAAAAGGGGAGGGGGAGAACCAUAGGGUUUUUUUUUUUUCCUGUUGUGAAGAAGCUGUUGAGUUUCCAGAAGACAUGUACAUACCAGAUUAUUUUUUAAAAGUGUUCCCAUUAAUUUGUAAGAAGUACCAUACUGGGCCAACGGUGGCACUACAAUUUGUAAUAUCAUUUUCAUCUGUGGAGCUUUAGUUCCCCACCUCAAAUAAAUGUGCAUAUUGUAAAAUCCUGUCCCUUGGUGCCAUUUUUCAAUGAGCUCUACAGUACUGAAUGUUAAUUUGAUUUGUAUAUCCACAGUGCUAUUUCUUGAAUUUUUGAUGUCUUAAAUCACUCUUUUUUUUUUUUUUUAAUUCAUGCUUGUAUCUUCUCUGCUCUCUUGAUGCUAAAACAUUUGCAAAAUACUGAUAAAAAGCCUGUCAUCAAAUUCAACCUGUUCCCUGUUGCCCCAGUGUCAUUAUACCCUGCUUUUAUUAGUACUAUGAUUUAGAAAUCUGAGCAAGGGGUGGCAGGAGGGGGGAAAACCUGUUGCAUGCUUUCUUAAAACUGAGAAGAGCAAAGCUGUUGCUUAUUUCUGGCUGACUUACCUGUACAAUUGAUGUAUUCCAGAUUUGUUUGUUAGUGGAGAGUCUUUAUAUAUAAAGUACUGGCCUUUGUAAACAUUAGAAUGUAAGCUUCAUAAAGCAAACGCACAAAUACUCCCCUCUGUUACAGCAGUUGUUUUAGUGUUGUGGCUCUUCUCCACUCUUCAGAAGACUAUUUUAUAAAAUAUAUACAUGAUACACACA